ACAGGCUGACGAAGGCUGAGAGUGAGAGGAGGGAGGUGACUCAGAAGGAGGGGUAGGAGCCAACUUCUAUUGACUUGCCCCUGGGCCCCGGGUGGUGCGAUGUGGAGAUACGGUGUAUAAAUAACGCAAUCCCUUGGCAGUUCUUCGCACCUGUCGCCGCAGGAAGCUGCAAAGGGGGCUCUCCCCCCCCCACCCACCCCUGCUCCCCUCCAUCCCCAAGGUUUCGGCCGGUGGAUUAUGAGCUCUGCCGGCCUGACUGACCGCCAGCACUCAACCUCAGUCCACCACAGCGCCAAAAGCGCGCAGCAAGUCUCCGAAAUGGCAGUCUACUGUGACAACUACAACAUGUACCGCCAGCCGAACUUGCACAGCUCGCAGAGAGCGCCAGGCUACGCUCUCGGGGAAUACCACGGACCCAGCAACCCGUAUCUCUGGAUCAACGGGCCCGGGACCAACAGCUCUCCGCAUUACCUGCACGGAAGCAGUUCCGGCUCCUUCGUGCCUCCUGCCUACGGGACGCAAAAACAGUUCUUGCCCGGCUCGCCUGGCUUCGCCGGCACCGACCUGAGCUGGCUCUCUCUCACCAGCCAAGAGGAGCUCCUCAAGCUGGUCAGGCCGCCAUACUCAUACUCAGCGCUCAUCGCCAUGGCCAUCCAGAACGCCCCCGAGAAGAAGCUGACCCUGAGCCAAAUCUACCAGUACGUGGCCGAGAACUUCCCUUUCUACAAGAAGAGCAAGGCUGGUUGGCAGAACUCCAUCCGACACAACCUGUCCCUGAACGACUGCUUCAAAAAGGUGCCGAGAGACGAGGACGACCCAGGGAAGGGAAACUACUGGACCCUGGACCCCAACUGCGAGAAAAUGUUCGACAAUGGCAACUUCCGCAGGAAGAGAAAACGGAGGACUGAUCCUAAUUCGGGGAUCGGCGGCUCGCUCGCCGGUAAGGGUCAAGACGCCGCUGCGGCACCCGGAGUGAAAAUCCCAGAGAGCCCGUCCCUGUUGCUUGAAGCCACCUCGCCGGACCUGGAUCACUCCCGGGGCUCCUCCGAGGACCAAAAGCUGUCAACCCCGUCGACCAGCCCGUGUCUGAACGGGUUCUUCAACAGCAUGACAUCGAUGAGCAGUGGGGCGCUCACUAGACAGAUGUCGAUGGGACUGGCCAGCGACUUGCCCCAGAGAAACGUGACGGCACUCGGGUCCUUCUCGGCCAACAGCUGUCUGCCCUCGCAGGAAGUGGGCGAUGUCACGGACACUUGCCACUUAACCCGCUCAGGUUAUUAUAGCUCCUUCACCGCGGGACAGGCAAACCAAUUCGGCAGCCACUUCUACAACAACUUCAGCGUCGACAGUCUGAUCUAUCCCCGGGAAGGCACUGAUACCUGAAAUCCCCAGGUCCCAGGAGAGUUAUCCCCCACCCCUAGUUACACUUCCUUACUGCCUUCAGAUCACUCUCCCCAUCUCCAGUCCCUAUUCUCUCUGUCUUCCCCCUUUCUCUCUCCACUGCCACUUCAUCUCCUUGCCAUCUCCACCUUCUCAAUCCUCACUCUCACUCCAGGCUGAUUUCCUCAGCACCACACAUAUAAACUGCUGAAGGAACUCAGCAAGUCGGGCAGCGUCUAUGGAGGAGAGUAAACAGUUGACAUUUCAGGGCAGCAUCCAUUUGUGUUUGUUUUUUUUAUUUAGAAAUACAGCACCUAACUGGACCUUUUACCCAGCAAGCAGCCCAUUAAACCCUAGCCUAAUCACAGGAUAAUUUAAAAUAACCAAUUAACUUACAAAUGGUAUGUCUUUGGACUGUGGGAGGAAACUAGAGCAGCUGGAGUAAACAUACACAGCUCACAGGGAGAACGUACAAACUUGUUACAGAGGAUGCAAGACUUGGACUCUGAACUCUGAACCACAGAGCUGUAAUGCUAACCACUACACUGCGAUGGUGCCAUUUUCAGUUCAUAUACCUCCAUAGAUGCUGUCUGACUUGCUGAGCUCCUCCAGCAUUUUCAGACCAAAAGGUACAGCAGCAGAAUUUGGCCCAUCUAGUCAGCUCCACACUUGAUCAUUUUUCCUCUGUGCCCUGAUCUCCUGCCUUCCCCUGUAGCCCUGACCAAUCAAGAAUCGGCAUCUGCCUUAAAUAUACAUAAAGACUUGGCCACCACAGCUGCCUGUGGCAAAGAAUUCCACAGAUUCACCACUCUGCCUAAAGAAAUUCCUCCUCAUCUCCAUUCUAUUUUGAGGUUCUAAUUUGAAUGUGUCGCUGAAGAUUUCCAGCUCAUUUAUGCUUCUUCUCAAUCCCCAUUCUCACUUCCUCUUUGUCCUGUGUUCCCAUCUUCUCUCUCUCCAUUUACACCCACUCCUCCUCCACCUCAAUUUUGUUCCUGCCAUCCUUUCCCCGCUUCCCCUGUCCCAGCCAGUCCUCAUCCUGCAGACCACAACUCACUGAGAUAUCUGGCACUUUUUAUCGUGCAGUUUCUGCAUUUUGUUUCUGGUUCAAUUUGGAGAUACUUCCAGCUGCCCACUUUUAUAUCAUGAAGGGUUCCUGACAAUCCACAGUCAGCAUUAGGUCGAGACUGAAGAGGUGUUAUAUAACAAACUACUUCUGCUCCGAGUAUGCACUCACCUUCUAUAACCUGUGUGUGAGCAUGUUUUACAUUGGCAAUCUGAAUGCAGAUUUUGGUGACAAAGUUCAGGUCAACUUCAUGUCAAUUGUCAGGCAACCACACACAUGAAUACAGCCAAACAAAACGGCGUUCCUCAGGGGCCACUGUGCACAUUACAAGAUAGAUAAUUACCGUGGCAGUAAACCAACGGUCACAAUAAUAAUAAUGUAGCCCAAGUCACUGGCCUGUAGAUUGAUGGUGCAUGGAAUGUUUACUGGAGUUAUGUUUCUGCAAGAAUAAAUUAUACUAAACCUGAAUCAGUGUAGAAUCUGCCGCCAGCUCUUCCUGUUAAGCCGAUUGAACGAACAUUUUCCCAGAUUGUAUGCUUUACAUAUGCCUCCUGGAAGGAACAGUUAAAUUUGCACCACUGUUAGUUCUGGACAGUCUCACUGACAUGAGUGGGGUAGCAAUUUAAUGAGACUGAGACAGUUACAGUAAGUGUUGUAUCACAACCUGUUUGGGCAAAUCAUAAUCGUGUGCUGUUUUGAAACGUAAAACGUUUGAAAGUUAGUCAGCAUUUGAGUUCAGCAUUUAUUUGGCCCACAAGGGGGUGGGGGGAGAGAAACACAACUAAAAUCUAAUUCCAGGUUCAGUCUAAAUCUUUCAUGUUCCUGUUCUGUUAGGUUGUCCGAUUAUUUUUGUUUCAUGUUUAAGCAUCUUUCCCUCGACAGUGCAUACAGUUGAGGAGCAAAAGUGUUCAUUAGCGUGUCUGACAAGGAAAAGUACUGCGGAGUCUCACUGAAAGAAGUGUAAAUCGUUCAUUGUUUAUACUGUGUAAAUUAUAACCUGAAAGUUGUAGUUAUAUUUAUAUCUUUUUUAAAAAGUUUUGUAAAUUAAUUGGUGCAGUUUUAGAAUGUUUACCACUGGCAAACUGAAAGUGUGUUAAAAUGUCAAAAGAUGUUGUAAUAAAUGUGUACAGGU